UUUUAAUUGAGAUAAUAAUUUUAAUUAUGAUUGGUUUAAUCAUAAAUAUUUAUCAUUUGGCUAAUGUUUAGUAUUUUCAAAUGGGUUCUAAUUCUAAGAUUUUCAGUUUUUUCCCAUUCUUACAAAUUUCACUCCAACUCCUCAAUUCUCACACAUUUUUCAUCAAAUUCUCUUUCUCCAAAUCAUCUCUCAUCUCCCUCUACCAAUACACUAAUCACAUCAAAUGACACCCUAACACUACCAAAUGACACCUUAACACUACCAAAUGACACCUUAACACUACCAAAUGACACCAUAAAACCCUCAAAUCCCACCUUAGAUACCUCAAAAGAUACGGUAAAACCUUCAGCUACCCCUAGGCGCUAUACGGUGAGGAAUCCGUUGAGGUGUAGGAUCAAUUCGGUACGGAAAAUUGGCACGAAUAACUUGGAUCGUGACUUCUAUCACAUUGAAAUUGAUCACCGCGGGGAAUACUCCUACCUCCCAGGACAAUACUGCGGUGUCAUUCCUCCAGGGCUGUGUAUGAGUACGAAUCGGCGUCAUGUGCCGAGAUCUUAUUCGCUUGCGCCGUCGAUGACGGGUGAUGAUAAUUUACUUUCAAUUUGCAUCCGAGUUACAAAGCCUUUUAAGGAUAAUCUCGGCGUUUGCUCCAGAUUCUUAUCCGCCUGUGAACCGGGCACUGCCGUUGAUCUUACCGGUCCUUUCGGUAAGGAAUUAAUCUUAACCGAGGAAGAUGCCAAGAGUAAUAACUUAAUUCUCAUUGCUACCGGGACUGGCAUCUCACCCUUCCGCGCAUUCCUCAAGACUAUUCUGAAUCAAACAUCCAACAGUACGUCAACUCUUAAUAAAAUUGAGUUGACACUGGGUAAAAAUGAGUUAACACUGGGUAAAAAAGAGUUAGUUCCGGUUGUUAGAAGGAUAGUAUUAUUUUUUGGUAUACAAAAUGCGUCAACAUUUUUAUACAAGAGUGAACUUGAACACUAUCAAAAGUUAUUUGGCGAUUCAAUGACCUUAAUUCCUUGCUUCUCCAGAGAAGCCAAUACUCCCAAAUGCUACGUUCAAGAUGGUAUUUUGGCGAAUGAAACGUUGUUAAGUGAGGUGUUGUGUGGAAGGUGUAGUAUUUUUGUUUGUGGUAGAAAGGAAAUUGAGGAUCCCGUUAAAAAAUCACUUGAUCUCAUUUUUUCACACCUUUCUGACUCUCAAAAAGCCCUCAUCAACACCAAAUUCGAAGUUUACCAAUGAUAUAUGAUAUACACAGAUUGAAGUUUACAAAUGAAAUACCAAUGGUAUACACAGUUGGAAGUAUGGGAAUGAAAUGGAAAUGUAAAGUUUGAAUAAUAUAUUAGUUGUUAAUUAUUUGUUUGAUGAUUUGUCCGAUGUUUGUUGCAUGAUUCGUGAAGUUUAAAAGUUGAAAUGGC